UACCAAAUUAUUAAAGGAGCGAGGUGGUUAUGUUAUGAAACUGAAACUUUUACAGAUAAAGCAAUGAUAACUGAAAACAGUGUUGCUCCUUUUGCUCCCCCUGAUGAAAAUAUGUAUGUGUCUUGUGAAUUUUGUGGUAAAGAUAUUUUAAUGGAUCAAGAAGCAAUUAUAGUGCAUGAGUCAGGAUGUCGUCCUGAUUUAUUAAGUCUUCCUUCAGUUGUAUCAAAUGAACACAAAUUGCGUAAUUCUGCUCAUGAAGCUUAUUCUUAUAAUGAUAAGGCUAGUGCUCUGCAGAGAAAACGAAGGAGCUUAGAAAAGCCUGAAGACAAAAAAGAAUCUGCCAAAGAAGAAUGUGGAAUUUGUUCUUUGAUAGUACCCAAAGAUAAACUUUCUGAGCACUUUAGUAAAUGUGUUGUGGAAAAUUCUAAUAAUCCUUAUUCAGAAUGUGGAAUGUCUACACCUCAGCCUAUAGCAAGUUGUGCAGAUGGUUCUAAAAUUAAAAUGCAUACUGAGGGGGCAAAAAUAAAUUUAUAUCCUUCAAUGGGAGAGCUUUUGCUGUGCCCAUACUGUUCCAUGAAUUUUCUCUCAAAGCGUUUUGCCAAUCACAAGAAAUACUGCAAAUCGGCUUUAGUAGAAUGUCCUAUUUGCCAAGACACUUAUCACAUUGAUGAAAAAGAGGAGCAUAGAACUACUUGUGAUGCAUUAGAUACUGUACUAAUUCCAGAGAGUGACUUGAAAUUGGAAUUGCAGAAUAAGUUUGGAACUUUACAUUCAGAUGAAAAUAUGAGAGAAAAGGAAGCAUUAUAUGAACAAUGUCCUUUUUGUGAGAGUAAAAUUCAUCAACAUUCUUAUUCUAAACAUUUACUAACUUGUUCUCUGUCUAUGAAACAAUGUCAUCUUUGUAAGCAAGAAUUCCCUAAAGAAAGUGAAAGAGAUCAUUUUACUGUGUGUCCAAAAUUAUUCAAGAUAAGUUCAAAAUCUGGUCAAGAUGAGUUUUUUUAUGGAGGUUUCUCUCCAAGCGAUUCUGAAACAAAGAUCCCACUUUUAUUGCUAACUCAAAUAGAUUCUGGAGCAAGGCCAAAGAAUAAAAAUUCAGAAGAGACUAGUGCAUUUUAUAGAAUUACGGGAGCAUUUAAAAGUUUAUUUUCUGAUUUUGAAAAAGCAAACCCUAGCCAUUCUGUGGAUUCACAAACAAACAUGUAUCCUGCUGAUGCUAACUAUAAUGUGGAACUGCGAAAUAAGUUCGGAACUUUACAUUCAGAUGAAAAUAAGAGAGAAAAGGAAGCAUUAUAUGAACAAUGUCCUUUUUGUGAGAGUAAAAUUCAUCAACAUUCUUAUUCUAAACAUUUACUAACUUGUUCUCUGUCUAUGAAACAAUGUCAUCUUUGUAAGCAAGAAUUCCCUAAAGAAAGUGAAAGAGAUCAUUUUACUGUGUGUCCAAAAUUAAUCAAGAUAAGUUCAAAAUCUGGUCAAGAUGAGUUUUUUUAUGGAGGUUUCUCUAAAAGUGAUUCUAAAACAAAAUUUGCAAUUGAUGAAGAUAACCAAGAAGCAAUAGAGAAAGCUUUGUUACAGGAAAAUGAAGCUUUUACUUUUGGAUCCUCAAAUAAAGAGAAAAAUGUUGAGGAAGAGAAAUUAAGUUUUAAGUAUUCUCCAAAUCCCUUUUUAAACAAUAAAGAUUCCAAAUAUCAUAUUCAAAAUGAUUUAACAGAAAGUGACAAUGAAGAGAAUGAAAGCUUGGAAGAAUUCUGGGAGAGAGCAGAUAUCAAGCUUGCACAAAGAUUAAGACAGUUCACAAAAAUAAAGACUGAUUAAUAUUAUACAUUUUGUAUAACUUUUUCUAAAUGUUGGCUUUGAAUCAAAAUGUGUAUUUUGAUACUUGAAAAUAAAUUUUUAUGCAAUUGUUUUUAAA